AUGCCCUCAAAGGAAUUGAGUCGUCGCUCCUACAAAGGGCAACUUACUACAGUCAAGAAGGUCAUUGAAAAAUAUCAACAAGAUCCGUUACAACUUGAGAAUGAAAAUGCCGAAACGGAAUUACGAGCCAAUCGGGAGAUGAUUGACAGAAUUGAGAAGAAAUUUGUGUCCAUUCAGUCAGAAAUCAUCAAUGAGGCUCCUCCAGAGACAAAGGAAAAGGAAAAGGAGGAACUUCUUGGGUUCUUAGAUGAGGCACUGCGUGCUGAAAUGGAGAUCAAUACACUUAUUGCAUUGUUUCAAACAAAAGUGGCUGAUCAAUCUGUGAGUUCCCCAGCUAAUCCAUCUCAUCAAGGUGAUGAUAUUUCCAAAUUAGUCACUUUGAUGUCGCAGCAGCUGAAGGAACAGCGCCAGCAGAGACUCAGUGAGGAGACUAAAUUGAAAGACAUACUCGAAGCUCAGAAGGAAGAAAUGCAGAGACUGCUAGAAAUCUCCCGGAAUGAGCUGGCCAACACAUCUUUGGACUCAAGUCUCCUAAUGUCUCCCAUCGAGCAAAAAUCGAAUUUAGAACCCAUAAAACUUCCGAAAUUCAGUGGCUCUUACACCGAGUGGCCCACAUUCAAGAAUCUUUUUUUGUCCACUGUGGAUAGCAAACCACGUCUCUCAAAAGCGGAAAAGAUGCACUAUCUGCGCACUUCUACCCAAGGGGAGGCUCUAGGACUAUUCAACCAGCUUCCACUGACUGAGGAAAAUUACGCUAUCGCAUGGAACAGGCUUGUGAAUCGUUAUGAUGACAAGAUGAUCAUCUUCAGGAGUUAUAUGGAGAGUUUCUUGAACCAGGAGCAAAUCACCAAACCAGAUGUUACUGCCCUACGGAAGCUUCAGUCAGCUACUUCCCAAGCUUUGGAGGCAAUUGACGCUCUGGGGGUAUCUGAGCGGGAUCCCUGGCUCAUUCAUCUAACCCUGAGGCAUCUUGAUCGUCAAACGCAGACCUUGUGGAGUGAGAAAAAACCAGAGGGGAUUCCAACUUGGACCGAUUUCGACAAUUUUCUCAACACAAGAUGUCGUGUUUUGGAGUCAUGUCCUGCAGCAGCACCCCAGCAGCUACGGAUUGCCAAUGUUGAAGCCCAAGAGAUUGAUGAUCUUGAGAAUGUUGAUCUCCCUUCCAAUAACAGUGCUACCCUAAGUUGUUCUGGAGCAUCUGGCGGAGUGCGAUCAAAUGUAUUAUUUGCAACUGCAAUCGUGAAGUUGUUGGGACCCCAAAACACUUCCCAGCUGUGCCGAAUUGUAUUGGAUCCUGCAUCCCAAAUAAAUAUAAUCACAAAUCACAUGUGUCAGCUUCUUAAGCGUAAUCCCAAGCGUACAAACUUUGUGAUUGAUGGUGUCGGAUCAAUUUCUCAGGCAAGUCAGCAGGAGGUACAGGUGAAGAUGCAGUAUCAGAGUGGCCAAGGAGUGGAGGUUGAGAACUUAAGUUGUAUUGUCAUGAAAAAGGUUGUUGGUGAUCAGCCCAAUUGGGAUGUGGAUGUUAGCAAAAUUCCUCUACCCUCUCACUUCAAAUUAGCUGAUCCCAAGUGGCAUGUACGCCAAAAAAUUGAUCUUCUAAUUGGGGGAGGGCACGCUUGGCAGUAUUUGGGAGCUGAAAGGGUGUCCUUGGGAGUUGGAUUGCCAAUGCUUCAGCAAAGCGUGUUCGGCUGGCUGGUGGUUGGGCCUUGUUUCGAAGCCCGGAAGGAGGUUGCGUCCUGCGGCAUUACGACCCUGUCAAGUAUUGACCGUACCCUAAAAAAGUUUUGGGAAGUGGAGGAAAUCCCCAAGAAACCACAAGUCACUGUUGAGUACCAGGAGGUUGAAAAUCACUUCCAAAAGACGACAUUUCGUGGUGCCGAGGGGCGUUAUGUAGUGCAACUUCCCCUGAGAUCUGAGAUUCAAGAUCUCAACAAUAACCGGCUGGUGGCAAUUCGCCAAUUGAAUUACCUUUUCCCAAGGCUGCAGAGAAAUCCGAAGCUCUUUGAGGAUUAUUCUAACAUUUUUCGAGAAUAUCUGUCACUGAACAUUAUUGAAAGAGUCCCGUCUUGUGAGCUGCACAAUCCUUCAUACUACUUCCCACAUCAUGCGGUGGUAAAAGAGAAUGCUGUCUCAACAAAGACAAGGGUGGUUUUUAAUGCCAGUUCUCAGUCAAGGUCAGGGUUAAGUCUAAAUGACUGUCUGAAAGCUUGCCCUGUGGUUCAGCCCACGCUCAUUUCAGUAUUGUGGAGAUUCCGGAUGAAUGAGGUUGCCGUUACUUGCGAUAUAGUAAAGAUGUAUUUACAAGUCAUGAUGCAUCCCCAACACCAAGACUUCCACAGAUUUGUUUGGAAGGAAGAGGACGAGCUGAUUGAUUUUCGCUUUACUAGAGUUUGCUUUGGAGUAGCGGCUUCACCAUUUCUGGCUACUCGAGUGCUGAACCAGAUAGCGGAGGAUGAAGGUAAUAAGUUUCCCUUAGCCAAACCUGUAUUGAAGGAAAACUUCUAUGUUGAUGAUUGCUUGUAUUCAGCUUCAUCCUGUGAGGAAGUUCUGGAAGUCAAGCAACAGCUGAUUGACAUGUUGAGAACAGGAGGAAUGGAACUGUCGAAAUUUCGCUCAAAUCGACCUGAAGUGGUUGCAGGGGAGCAUGAUGAGCAUGAAUCGACGUCACUCAUUCUCGAUCAAGAAGCUAAAACUUUAGGGGUUAUUUGGACUCCACGAACAGACGAGUUCCAGUUUCGUAUUGCCAAAGAUUUGGGAUCUCAGCCAAUGACAAAAAGAAACAUCUUGUCCACAAUUGCCCGGAUAUUCGAUCCUUGUGGUUUUAUUGGCCCAGCAAUAACCACGGCCAAACUGAUCAUGCAAAACACAUGGCAAAAGAACGUGGGUUGGGACGAUGAAGUUCCAGAGGACUUGGGAAAGAGAUGGAAAAAGUUUGUAGCAGAUGUAACGCAUGUAGAGAAACUACGCAUCCCCAGAUGGAUAUGCCCAAUUUCGGACCCUUGCGUCAAGGAACUGCACGCAUUUUGUGAUGCGAGUCAGUUGGCUUAUGGUGUGGUGAUUUAUGUAGUCUAUGAAGACAGCAUGGGAAACCGAUCCUCCGGCUUAUUGACUGCUAAGUCAAGAGUGACUCCAAUCAAAGCUAAGGAUGACGGGACAAGGCUUCUCACCAUUCCAAAGGCAGAACUUGUUGGAGCAGAGCUCGCAGCUCAGUUAAUGGCUAUUGUGGGGGAUUCAUUGGGAAUAAAAAACCAGUACUUUUGGACCGAUGCUAUGGUUAUUCUCCAUCAAAUCCACUCCAAGGAGAUCAAGGAAACAUUUGUGAGAAACAAAAUUUCCAAUAUCAAGAAAACCUCGAACGCUGAACAAUGGAGACAUAUCCCAACCAGUCAAAAUCCUGCGGAUGUAUUAUCGAGAGGUAGCUCCAUGCAAUUAUUGAUCUCAAAUACUCUAUGGUGGCAAGGGCCAUCGUGGUUAGUUAAAAGCAGAGAACAUUGGCCACCCAAGUUCUCUCCAGUCUUCUUUUCAAAACCAAUUCCUCAGACUCUUGCAUGUACUGAAAGUCAUGCAGACCCGUCACCAGUCACCCUGUACGAUUAUUUCAUAUCUAAAUUCAGCUCAUUCAUGAAAGCGACAAGGGUGCUUGCUUGGGUUAAGCGAGGAGUGGAAAAUUUCAAAUAUAACCUUCUAAAACGUCGUACAACCCGAAGUGUGAGCAAUAGCACAAAAUCUCAACAAUUCUUGCAAGUUUCAGAGCUGCAAGCAGCAGAGAAGAUCCUUAUCAGAUGGGAUCAGGAACGCCAUUUGAGUUCAACAAUUCUCCUUCUCAAGUCUAACCACAGCAACAAUGUGAUAACACCCAUACGCAAACUACACCCAUACAUGGACAGUAAUGACAUUUUGCGAGUUGGUGGGCGGAUUCAGUUUUCCGAAAAUUCCUACGAUGCUAGACAUCCCAUAAUACUUCCACAAGGAACGUUAGCUCUUUGGAUUGCCAGAGCUGAACAUUUGAGACUCUUGCAUGCAGGUCCACAGCUUACGUUGGCAUCAAUGCGUCAGAAGUAUUGGGCGAUACACGGUAGGAAUCUUGUGCGUAAAAUCGUGCGGGAAUGCAUUGUUUGCAUUCGGGCUAAGCCAAUUACGUCUCAGCAAUUGAUGGGCUCCCUUCCUGAGUGCAGAGUAAAUCUAGUUCGACCAUUCUUGCAUACUGGGGUGGAUUUUACAGGGCAUGUGACGAUUAAGAGAACACCAAGAGGCUCUAGCCAUGAAAAAGCGUAUGUAUGUAUUUUCAUCUGCAUGUCCUCGAAAGCAGUGCAUUUAGAAGUGCUGACAUCUCUUUCUUCCAAGGCCUUUAUCAGUGCCUUUCGGAGAUUCAUAGCACGACGUGGGAUGCCUUCCCAUAUGUACAGUGACAACGCCACAAAUUUUGUCGCUGGGGAGAAGGAAAUUCGUCAAAUCUUGAACGAUCACAACAUGCAACAGGAGAUCGUGAAUUUAACAUCUGGUCUGAACAUCCAAUGGCAUUUCAACCCCCCAUCUGCACCCCAUCAGGGAGGACUUUGGGAGGCCGCUGUGCGCAGUUUCAAACAUCACUUUAAACGAGUCAUUGGUACUAUGAUACUUACUUACGAAGAACUCAACACAGUGGUCGUACAAAUUGAAGCGGUUUUGAAUAGCCGCCCUCUGGUCACCAUUCAUGACAAUCCAGGUGAUUUGCAGUGUCUUACACCUGGAGAUUUCCUGAUUGGAAAGGCACCUACCCAGCUACCAGUUGAACAAAACGACUUUGAGCAAGUGGAUCACCUUCGUAGAUGGCAACUGUGUACAAAGUUGCGAAACGAUUUCCUAACACGAUGGAAGAAGGAAUACAUCCACACUUUGCAACAACGCCAACGUUGGAACAAGGAAAGCCCCAAUCUUUCACCUGGAGAUGUAGUUCUAUUGAAAGCUGAAACUACUUCCAACAUUGAAUGGCCAAUGGGACUCAUCGAAAAGGUCUUUCCAGGGGAGGACGGCAAAGUGAGGGUAGCACUGGUGAAGGUGAAUUCCAAAUCGCUCUUGAGGCCAAUUACCAAACUAGUAAAACUCCCUGUUAAAUUAGAUUAA